AUGGAGACAUGGCCGAAUCUGUCAGCUAAGUCUGAUUCUCCUCCUAUAGAUGAAGCACAAUUUAGGCAACUAGUGGGUAGUCUCAUCUAUCUCACUUUCACUAGACCUGAUCUUAGUUUUGUAGUGAGAUACAUUUCACGCUUCAUGAUAGCCCCCAUGGUCGAUCAUUGGGUAGCAAUGAAGCAUAUGUUGCGUUAUGUGAAGGGCACCUUUGAUUAUGGACUUGUUUACACUAGGAGUCACGAACCUAGACUUAGUGGUUUCAUAGAUUCAGAUUGGGAAGGUUCGGUUGAUGACAGGAAAUCAAAAUCUGGAUAUGUGUUUAUUUUGGGAUUUGGUGCAGUCACAUGGACUACAAAAAAUAAGCAGGCAGUGGCUCUCUCCUCAAUAGAAGAAGAGUAUCGAGGAGCAACUAAGGCAACAUGUGAGGUAGUUUGGCUUCGCCAGAUGCUUACAGAUAUGCAAAUAUCUCAAGCAGGUCCAACUCCCUUGUUUUAUGAUAAUUAG